CGCCGCACACGCUCUCAUUAUUAUAAUAACAAACGAGAAAACAUCUGAGAUAAGGAUGGGAAGGAAGAGUAAGAGACGCGUACUGCAGGAAGCACAGGCAGGAGUAGCUAGAGCGUCCAAAAGAAGAACAGCAGGCGAUGAUGUGCCCGAGUCAAGUGCCUUUGUUACUGGAUGCCUUGAAAGAGGACGUACUUUUGAAGAUGACGAGGUGGGGGAUAUGCCAUCAAACAUAUGGGUCAAAGAAGAGUUAUCCAGAAAAGAUAUAUCGGAUGAAUCGUUUAUGGAGCACCCAAGACUAAUACAGAACUUCAAUGUGAAGGCUGAAAUCGAUGAAGACUUUGAUGAUACUGAAAAUAAAUUAGAAAUAAAAGAUGAACCAAUAGAGUAUCAUGACUCGGAAUACAGUAUCAGAUUUGAAGAAAGUGUUGGCAGAGUUGAGGAUUCAAAAGACUUCAUAAGUGUUUCAAACCUUUGUCAGGCAAGUAUCUAAAUACGGCUAAAAUGAUAUAAACAUUUAUGACCCUGUUAUCAGGUAAGUCUGUAUGUAUCUCAGAUUCAAAGAUUCUAAGUCCUCAACAGGAUCGCAGCAAAAUUUGGGGGGAGGGUAAUAAAAAACAUGAUUGAUCAAUUGACCCUGCAUCACCAAGGUAUUCAGUUGAUCAAUGACAAUCACUUUUUGGAAUGUUGAGGGCUGACAAGAACAUGUCACUGAUGUGCAGCCACUUUUGAAGCGGCUGUACCACUCUUGUAUCAGUGUGGUUCCUUUUACUUUGUCUCUGAAGGCCCGUUGAAUCUUGCAGAUUGUUUGAUGGAUUGUCAGUUUGUUGAGAACGGAAAUCCGACGGCACUCACUUACUCAU